AUGGAUGGUGCUAGUAAAGGCAAUCCAGGGCUGAGUGGUGGGGGUGGUAUCAUCUGUAAUCAGGAGGGCAAUCUGGUUUUGGCUUUCUCUAAUUUCUAUGGUCACUGUACUAAUACUGAGUCAGAGAUGAGGGCGGUCCUCGAUGGGCUUCGUGUUUGUGCUUCUAAGGGCCUGGCUGGCUGCCAUGUCGCUUUGGAUUCCAAGUCCAUUGUGAAGUUUAUUUCUUCAAGAAUAUGCAAGGUGUGGUGCUGUUGGUACUGGUUUGAUGAGGUCCUUCGCCUUGUGGAUGCUUUAGGGGCUACCGUGAUGUUUUCCUACAGAGAAGGGAAUCGUGCAGCUGACUUUCUUGCCAAUAGGGCCCAUGAGGUGCAAGGUAAUAAUGAGUUUCUCACGUUUGGGGAGCUACCCCCAGACCUCUAUCGGAUCAUUAGAGAGGACAAGGCGGGCCUCCCUGUAUUCUGCCUAGAGGGUGAGUCUUUUUACCUUCCUUCUUCUUUGUAG